AUGGCACCUAGCCUUACGGGCGCCGACCAAACCACUUCUCCGCCCUUCUUCGACAGCCGGCCCUUGCGAGCGAUAGAAACCAACACCUCCAGCCCCUUUGACCCGUGGAAGCACCGCAGAGUGCCCAGGGCGAGGGAUGUUGCGACAGGGUGGCAUACAGAGGUGGACAUGCUGCGGGCGAAAGCUUCCAGCCAUACCGCCCCAUCUCUCAACUCUCCCCGCCUCUUCGCUCCUCGUGGACAGUCGCUCGACGUCGUGUACACACCCUCCCACCCUGUGCAGCCAUGGAUGUGGACCCAUAGUGUCUCAAGCGAAACAUACCGAGCCCCUCACAUGCUACACACCGCCAUCCAAACCUCCUUCCCACACCGCUCAUCCCUCCUCGCCACACCCAUGUCUCAUCCACCCACCUCACAAUCAGCCACCACCUCCCCCGCAAACCGUGCCGGCCUACUCAACCCUCAACCCGCCUACUCCACGUCUUCCCGCCCCAAGAGCCGACCCCCCUCGCGCACGUCUACGCCUUCUUCGUACGGACGCCUCUCGCAAAAACGUACUCAACCCCAGCCCAUAAACAAUACAUAUCCCCACAACCUCAAGACAUCCACCUCUCGCCCCAGCACCAAACCUACCAAGCCCACCAAGCCCACCAAGCCCACCCCCUCAAUACCCCCAAGGUUCACCAGACCAGAGCCCGAAAAGGAGAUUACAGUGGAACGAAACCUUGAAGCAGUCGAGCUGGUUUUGGGGAGGAUGGAAGACGGGUCUAUGGAUGGAGGUGGGCUACUUGCGCCGCCGGCUAUCCCCUCUCACGAGGGGUACGCUUCCCGUCGUCCUACUCCUAUUUCCAUCCCCACCCCUCUCUCCCCAUACGCACCCUCCUUCUCCUUCCCCUUCCCCCCCUCCUCCCCCGCCCUUUCCCAAAUCUCCACAACCCUAUACGAACUCGCCAACCCCUCUCUCGAAAUCUUUCAAGCGCUCAAGAAGAAAGAGAUACUCGGCCCGCGGGAAGACGGAGGUAGUUUCGAUCCCUGGAAACAUCGCUUCCAAGACGGGCAGGGGAAGGGGAGGAGGAAAGGUGGGAGAGUGGAGGAUCCGAGGGGCGUUCGGUCCGGGUGGGGCUUUGGGGGAGGGGGGUGGAGGGAGAUGGCUAUUGAUGAGGGGAUGGAGCUGGGUGAUGGGGAUGAGGAUGCACAUGCGGUUGAAGAUAUUAAUUAG